AUGUCAGGAGGACGUGAAGUUGAACAUCAUCCGUCCAUCUUGAAUGAAGUCAAAAUCUCGGUGGAUAUAAAUCUGGAUCAACAUUCAAAUGGUCAUACGUUCUCGUUGCCUACUGAGUUUCAGCAAUUCAGAUUGAACCGGGAAUCUUUGAAAGAAGCCCUUAAGCAACAGCUCGAGCGAGCUUUGAAUGACAUGAAGGCCAAUGAGCUUAUUCAAAUUGAUUUGUCGAUGCAAUUGAAUCUAGCUAUAGAGAGAAACCUCAAAGAACAGUAAGAUGGUUAUUUGAGUACUAAUUUAGUUUAAUAGUUAUGGCAAAAAUCAUCAUGGAUUUUGACAAAACUUCUAAAAAUGUCAUAUUUUUGCGCAUUUUAAAAGUAGUGGUAUUUUAAAAUGGCCCUAUGACAAUUAAUUAUUGUUCAGGGCUGACCGUCAGGUGGCCAAGACGAUGUUACAGCAGCAACUACAAUCAAGCAAUAAGAAAACUGCGCGUCACCUUUUGAUUGGACCUUUCCAUGAGUCUCCAGAUGUUGACUCCGAUCCUGUAGCUCCUGAGAAUCCAGUUGAUGCAGUUUUGUCAUCGGAACUCAAAAGGAUGAGCAUCAAGUCGAAAACGGUCGAAGUUCAAAAGAAUUGGCUUCAUGAGUACAACGCCGAUUGUCAGCCGGUUCGCAGUAGUGAUCAAUCCAAGAGCACUAGUCAUCGUGAAAAUUGUUCUUUGCGUAAGCAACCUGAAGUUCAGAAGAGUCCAAGUGUUAAGAGAGAAGGGAAAAAGCGAAAACAUGGUUGGAGAACUCCACCGUCCACGGAAAGUCAAUGUGAACGGUUUAAUGAGACGAGAACACAGAAACAACGAAGAAAGGAGCGUAGGAACGACCGGUAAGAUUUUCAAUUUUUUUGUACUAGUUAUAUUAGCAUUGAGCAAAGCAAAAAGUUUAAUCUAUUGGUAUACUACUAAAAUUUUAGUCGUCAUGACUGCGAUACCUUGUCUGAUAUCAGUUCCAUCAAGGACUAUGUUCCGAAUGGUUCCACAAGAAAAAAAGCCAAUAAUUACGUGCCAUUGAAUGAUGUUCUAGAAGAUGAAGGCAAGGAGUAAGUCAUUAAUACUUGUAUUUAAGGCUAUAUCACGGCCAUAACCUUGCAGCGAUGAGGGCAAUAAGAUAAAAGUAAAAUCUAGUUGAUGAUGAUAAAAAAUCUCAUUUUUCAGACAAAAGCAACGCCUCUACUUUGACGAAAAGUACAAAUGGUUCCAGAACGUAGCUGACAGUAUCAACCUUGAUUCCACUUCUCCCAUUUCCUCGGUCUGCAGCAAGAGGAAGUAGGUGGUAUUAUAUAAUUCGUUAUAAUAAUAAAUAAUACCUUACUUAUCUUUGUAAUUUUACGGACCCUUAUUUUAAGGGUUAAAGCUCGAAUUAGAGGUAAAACUAUUUUUUGAUAAAAAUUAUUAGAACAGGUUUAUAUAUUGACCUUCUCUAAAUAGUUUUAAUUUUCAGUGGCUCGACACGUGACAAGCCAAAACGUUACUAUUAUAACGCUGACGUUCAUGGUCUGGAAAGCAUGGCAGAGGAAGUUCUGAACCAAAAAUCUGGAAGGGGAACCACUCCAACCAAUUCAAAGUCACAUUCAGGAAAUUUGAAUCGAGGAUAA